AUGGAAGUUGGACAAGAACACACCAAGCUGAUAAAAGAUAUGCAACUAAGCCAUGAUGGUAUGAUGCUGAUCACUGCUAGUAAAGACACGACUGCACGUCUUUGGGACUUAGCCACUCUUGAACCUCUAAAAAUGUACAAGACAGACAGACCUGUCAACUCUGCUUCAAUAUCUCCUCUAGUAGAUACAUAUCCUCAUGUUGUCAUGGGUGGUGGUCAGGAAGCAAUGGACGUUACAACAACAUCGUCUAGAAUUGGCAAGUUCGACGCACGCUUCUUCCACCUUGUAUUUGAAGAAGAAUUUGCUCGCGUAAAAGGUCAUUUUGGUCCUAUUAACUCUAUAUCAUUUCACCCUAAUGGAAGAGGGUAUGCCAGUGGAGGAGAAGAUGGAUAUGUUCGGGUACAUGUGUUUGAUGAUGCUUAUUAUCAAUUUAAAUUUGAUUUCUAAUAAGAUCAGAUAUUGUUAAACUCAGCAAUAAAGAAGGCCAGAUAAAAACUUUAUAGCCUUCAUUUUACAGCACUCCUUAUUAGGGAGAUUGAAGAGCAGAUUGAUCUACCACAUACCCAGGAAAGUGUAUAAGGUAGGUAUAUCAUUUGUAUGUAAAUUGGAAGUUAAUACGUAUUUAGAUUUUGUAUGAUCCAAAUGAAAUCAUCUCUUAUAUUAUUAUUCCUGAAUAAAUGUAAUUUCAGAAGA